AUGGAGGCGGAGGGAAUGGAGUUCCUGCUCGACGCGGUGGAUAGAUUUCCCGCAAGGGAAGAAUUUGCGGACAGCCUUGAGCACCCAGAUCUAGUGCCGCUCCUGUAUCUGCUGCAGAAUGGGGAAGCAACUGAAGAUCGCGUUGAGGCCAAUGGGGAAUCUGGGCUAGCUCGGGUGGACGAUGAGGGCGUAGGUGCAGACCGACCACAUGGUGAACGUCGUCCCCGUGCUGAAUCUCUGACGAGGUCUGCCCAGUCAACUGAUAGGGUGAAUCCGCAAGCCCCCGGGUGGACAAAAAGGCUACGCCUAGGAAGCGCGCCGCCCGACCGAGUCCCGUGCCCCUCAAGGAUGAGUGCUCUAGAGAUUUCUAUACGCAAAUAUGCAGAGCAGCCUGACAAGAGUGUCGUUAGGCCUGAACUGGGGCUCAGUUUCGAUUCGCUAGGCGAGGCAUAUGACUUCUACAACCUAUAUUCUUGGGAAGUCAGUUUCGGAAUAAGAUAUGGAAAGAGCAGACUCAACGCCGAGCGAACUAAAACCAUGUAG